CCUCUUUCUCUCUCCCUCCGUCUCUUGGAUAAAUCCACACCCUGGUGGAGAUGCAGAAGCACAGACACUAGCAAAGGCUUCCUUCACACACACACACACACAAUCUCACUCUCUCUCCUUCCCUGCUUGUGGAAACAGCCCUUUUGUACCAUACGCUAGCAUGUCUGACAAGCCAGAUCUCACAGAGAUUGCCAGGUUUGACAAAACCAAGCUGAAAAAGACAGAGACAAAAGAAAAGAACCCUCUGCCAACCAAAGAGACUAUUGAACAGGAGAGAAAAGGAGAUACAAGCCGCUAACCUGAUGGAGAAGAGGAAGGCCAAGCACAACAGAUGCUCCUUUGAUGACACAUUAUUAAAUAUUAACUAUUUAUGUUUCCUUUUUAAGUUUAGUGGGUAUUACUGCCCCUUGUGAUGCAUGGUUACCAUGGUAGUGUCACCUUCAGGAAAAAAGAGCGACAUAGGAUAGUGUUUGAACAUGGAUCUUUUAACAAAUUCAAUUAAUAGCAAUUUUCUAAAUAAAAAUCUUCAUGAAAUAAAGACAAAAUAUGAACACACAAUCAGA